CAUGGGAUGGGCCUGCGUCUACAUCCAUGGUGGUCAUCGCGAAAAAAAAAUCAGGACAGAGUGACGCACAGCCACAGCUGUCACCGUCAAUCAAGUAAUCAAGCGCAGUCAGCCGCAGUGCAUAAGAGCCGAGCGAUCCACUCUUGCUCUCUCACCUUCAUGUCUAACGAACACAACGAUAGUCCCCCUGCCUACGAUGGCCUUCGUCCUGAAUCACCCAAGGAUGUCAAGCCUCUUCAGGCAGUUCCACAAAUGACUCCAGGUCCUUCUCUUCCAUAUGCUCCCCAUGCCGGACCGUCCUAUACGCCCAAUAACCCGGUCGUCUUCCACUACCGCAACCCUCGAACUGGCGAGCAUGUUGCCUCACUCCUUCCCCCCAAUCAUCCUGAAAUGGAGUGCUUGCAGCGAGGCGAGCAUGUUCCGCACAGCAGUUUCAGUCUGUUAGGCUAUAUCCUGGCAUUAGCCUGGUUCCCCCUUGGAGUUGGUCUCUGCUUACUCGACCGCCGCGUCAAGUGCUCCCAUUGUGGCAAAGUUCUUGAAGACGGCCUCUGCAAUUAA